AUGAACACGGGUAAAUUGGUUUCUUUUCUAUUAGGCGCCGCCGCUGCCGUGGUUCUUAUCGUGGUUUUGGCCGUCUUCUUACAUAAGAAGGGCGGAGCCAAACCCGAGGAGAGUAAGCCCGCCGAGGCAGACUCGACGGCAGCUCCAGAACUUCCCGCACAAGGCGCCGCAGCUGGCGUUCUUAAUGUCGUAACCUUCAUGAGAGAUUCCAGCGUCGAAGAUAUGAGAAACCUGACUGGAUCUUACCUUCUUGAUGCUAGAGCUAAAACAAACUAUCAGUCCGUGGGCCAGACGGUCACCGUGGUGACCUCGGACCUGGAGGACGCACCCGGAUAUACAAAGCUGACACACACACUCCCCUCGCCCUUCAAGGGCACAGAGGUGGUCUUCGACGCAGUGUCGAGGCUGCCGACGUUUGAGCACCCAGUGGCGACUCUCGCAGCAUACUGGUGGCAGAACACACUUUUAUUUUUGACAUUUAAAACGGUGAAUCAAACGGGACAACCCGCGGUCACAAAGUUUUACCAUUUCUCAGCUAAUCGCACAGAAGUGGGUCUGAGGUGGUCCAGAGUGAUGGUGGACCACACCAACGACUUGGACCAGGCAGUAUUAGCAGGAAAGCUCGACGAGGUGAACACACUGUUCGGAAACGUAGUGACGUUGCACCUGGACGAGUUCCUCGAUGAGUCGACGGGCACAUACACCUCGGAAUUCGGCGGCCUCCCCACCACCUUCACGCUCAACAAGAGGCCGUUCACGCAGGCAGGCUUCAUGAAGGUGACGCACAAGCUGCUGGAGGCAGGGAGUGAAGUCGCAAAGCCGUUUAAGCUGAAAAAGUUGCUGGUUUCCGGUGCAGCGCUAACAGAUCUGGUGCUGCCCAAAAAGCCGCUGACAUCAGUGGCAGUAUACUGGUGGCACAACACACCGCUGCUGGCGGAGCUGGACCUCGUGGGUGGAACGAAGGACCACUUCGUGUACAACCUGGACGCGAACAACUGGCUCAACGAGCCCGUGGAAAAGGUGAGGUCGACGCUCACGCUGCUCAAAAAUAACCUGGGAGUGCCGCUAACCUUGGACCUGGGAAAGAAGGGCGCGGCAGCUGACGUCACAUACACCACCAACGAAGUGUUGGUGAGAGUGAGUGGCCAGGCACCCGACUCGCCCCGUGGGUUCCCCAAGUACACCCACAGGUUCGCCACCGGAAAAUCGCAUUUCGUGGGAAACUUCCUCAACUCGGGGACGCCGCAAAACGGACUUCCGUUCGCACGAGUGAAUGAAGUCUCGGUGUUCUUCUCGGAUGAAGUGCCGCUUCUGGUCCAGAUGAACAUGUCAGGCUCGGGCAGUCUCUCGACAAAAAGAGUGUUCUACUCGAACAAUGGGUUCGGCUUCUGGUCGAGAGUUAUGCUCACGGAGACUCUGAAGGACACAGAAGCAGUGCUUAAAAAGUUGGACGCAGAAAACAAGAAGCUGGUUAGCACCAACGACAAGUACGUCGUAGACGUGGUGAUGAAGAGCGACUACCUGUCAGUGGGUAAGCUUCUGAAGGUUGCGAAGCAGGAUCCUGGAACUGAAUUGAAGGCAUACACCAUGUAUCAGCAUAACAGGAAGAAUAACGAAGCCUUCAAGUUUCAGAAACUUGUGGCAGUGGGAAAGGAUGUUACAACAGAGGGAUUGGAGGAGCUAACAGGCGUAACGAACGCGAAGGUCUACUGGUUCCUGGAUACGCCACUGUUGGUGCACCUGACAGGAACCACGAGGGUGCUUACAUCUAACACAACGCCUGCUGCUCCUGUUCCGAAUCCAUCUCAAUUGCCUACAUCACAAGCACAAGGUGCCGGAGCUGGUGGUGUCGUACCUGGCGUAGCAGGUGUUGGUGGCGGUGUCGCCGGUGGCGGAGCCGGUCAACCCAGUGUUCCCGGAGCGCCAGGUGCCGUUCCUGGUGUAGCUGCAGGCGGAGUUCCUGCCGCUCCAGGAGUUGGUGUUGGAGGUGCUGGUGUGCAGGCUACCGCUGCAACAACCCUCCAAGCAUCGUCUCCAGUUGCAGCCACAACGACGACCAAGGCAGUUAACCACUACUACUCCUUCAAUGGAGAAUCUAAGAAAUGGGUUAAGGUUGAAUACACUGUAGUAGGAGAUGGACAAACUAAUAGGCUGAAAAACGUAUUGGAUACUGCAAAGGCAACAUUGGGAUCGGUGACACUGCAAGUGGGUCACGGAGCAGGAGCAUACAGGACAGGGCCAGUGACAGUCACAGUGACCAACGCAACCUCACAAUCUAAGUACGGAGGAGGAGUGUUUGACAUGAUGUUGCACACCAUGUCGGCGCCGUUCCCACUGGGAAAGCUGAAGCACUUUGAUUUUGACCUUAAUCUGACCCACGUUCCUUUGAAAGAAAAUGAAUCUGUUGCACCUGAGCCUCCUGCUACUGAUAGACCUGAAGUGGCAUACCCAAUGGACUUUAACGCUGUAGGAAUGGAAGUGUACGUUUACAAGUACGUUCCACUGGUAGCAGCGUUGAAGAUGGAAGAGGGAAACACGCUGUUCUUCGCAAACACGCUGGCAGAAUCGAAGUGGAGAAGGUUCGCAUUCGAUAAUGACUCGAAGGUCGGAGAGAAGUUGGAAGAACUGAGGAAAAAGUUGACAGCAGUAUCGUCAUUGGAUGUCUGUAAGAAGCAUGAAGCAGAUACAGCAGCAACGUACACACUUAAACCAGCAGUUGGAGCAGGAACGGUGAAUGUGGCACUGUCAAAGCUGGAAGGAGUGUCGGAUGGAAUGAAAGGAGUGCUGCACACACUGCCGUCGGCACAGAAACUGGGGUCGCUCACCUGCGGAGAUGAAGUUCUGACGGGCUUGGACUGCGGCAACGUGAAUAAAGUGGCAGUGUAUUUCAAAGGAGAUUCUCCCGCGGUAGUCAAGGCAAACUCAGUUCCCAAGUAUUUCACUCUGAACCCACAAGGAGGCCUCUCGAGACACGUGCUUCCGCCAGACGCAACAGACCUAAACGCACAGCAGGUGACGGAACUCGUGGCCACAGUGGCGAACAAAAUGGGAUCGGUGCUUGAAUUUAACAUGGAAAUGAGAAAUAACUACAAUGUGGCGUCAGGACUGCAGAUGAAGGUGGCACAUCUGGACCUGGGAGGAACGUGGAGCUUGUACACGCACACGCUGGGAGAUAAUGAGACGUUCACAGUGUCGAAGUUUAUGAAGGGCUCGAAAGACGUGGUGGGACUGCCGCACAACAAGCUGCUGAGCGCAGUGUACCUGGGCUUCAAGGGGAAUGAGCCGAAGCUGCUGGGUCUGAAGACAGUGAGUCCGGCAGCGUACGAGUGGCACGUCUUCGACAAGUACAGGUGGCUGUUCGACUUUAGCACGGAGACGCUGCUGGAGGACGACGAGGUCCUGGCAGUGCUGGAGGACGUAGAUGACGGCCUCGAGAACGAGUUCGCGCUGGACCUGGCGUUGGAGUCGACGCCGGAAGUGUUCCUGUUCGACCACGUCAAGCUGGCAGACGCCGCCCUGACAGGGUUCGCACGCAACACGUACACAGUGGCAGACCUGAUGUACCCGUUCCUGCUGGGAGCACUGCAGUUCAACUCUGACGUGCUGACGGCAACGGAUCUGGCAACGCACCACCUGAACGCGCUGACGGCGUACACGUACAUGGAUGAGCCAGUGCUCCUGCACGGGCUGACCUUUGACAAGAAGUCAGUCUUCUUUGAAACGAACUUCGCAGCAGUGUUCAACGCAGUGGACUUGGGAGAGUUUAACGAGGAAGCGCUGAAGGCGAGGUUGCUGGCUCUGAAGGCGAAGGCAGCAGGUCUGGUGACAGUGGAGCUGACAGCGAAGGCAGGAUACAAGAACUACGAAAAGGACGUCCUGGUAAACGAAAAAACAGAUGCAGGAUUGGAUACCUUCAAGAAGUAUGAACAUAAGUUGCUGGAAACACCAAACACUGGAGGGGCUUCAGGGACAAAGCCAACUGCGUUCACGUUCAGAAAGGUCAAGUACAACAACACGCUGCUGGAGCUGGUACUGCCAGAAGGGACAGUGACAUCAGUGAACACGUUCCUAGGAUCGGACGAUGUGCCAGCUGGGUUCCACUUUGUGUUGACGCCGCCGCCAGCAGCUGCACCUGCACAACAGCCAUCUGGCCCAGUAGCUUCACAACCAGCACCGGCAGUUGCAACAGCAAUGCACCACUACUUCUUCCACAAGGCAGGAAAGUGGGAACCGAUGACAAAUGCAACUGAACUGGCAGUAGAAGAACUGAAGAAAAAGCUUCUGGAGGCGGAAAAGACGUUCGAUAGGAAGGUGACAGUUAACCUGGCGAACAAGGUCACCCACGAGGUGUGGAAUAGAGUUGAAAAUGCUAAUGGUCAAGAAGUGGCCGAUUCAGCUGCAGGUCAAGGUGAUGCAAAUACAAGAACAAGAAAAACGCUCAACUUCCUGGUUGAGGCGAGUCCGAAGGAAGUCAGUAGGAUGAAGGCGUACACGCACGUGCCGCAGCUGAAGACGGUGGUGGGAACAGGGAACCCGGCGACCAGCUUACUGGCGCCAUACGUCGCAGCCUUCACGCUCGGGGAACACAAGCUCGUGGGCUUUGAGAUGAACAAAGUGGAAAAGUUCACAGUCUUCUGGCUGGACGACACGUACCCAGUGAUGGCGCUCCUGAAGACGCCGUCAGCACACAAGUUCUACAGGCUGGCACGCGAGUUCGAGUGGGUUCUGGCAAAGUCAGUGGCGGAUGAGCCGAGUGAACAGCUGAUGUUUGAAAUGGCAACGCUGGCAAGGAACGCGUUCACGUACGAAGCGUCAGUGGACGUGGGAAUGGACACAGGGCUGGGAACGGCGUUCAAGUACAGAAGCGGGCAGCUGACGAUGAGAGUGGUGGACGCAGGACUGCUGGGAACGAACUACAGAGUGUUCGUGCACGCGUCGACCUCAGUGUUCGCACCAGCAUUCCUGCUGGACGACCUGAACCUGUUCGGAGCAGCAGGGCUGAGGUCGCUGCACGCACUGGGGUUCGUCCGCGAGGUAAAGGUAUUCGCGAAUCUGGAUAGGUUCCCGCUGCUAGUAGAAGUGGCGGCGACGACACUUAAGCACCCGAGGGCGGCGCCGAGGUACCACUACUACAAGUUCAACCAGGCGUUGGCCCCUGAUAAGACAGGAGGAGCAGCUGGAUCAGGAGCGCCACUGCUGUUCGUGAAGACGACAGACGUGAAGUUGCCCGAAAAGGAGUUGCUGGAGCUGCUGAAGACGCUGGAUGCUGUAAGGAGCACGACGUUCGUGGUGAAGUUGGACGCAAAAGCAUCCUACAACCCCAAGGAGCAGGUGACAUUCACGGUGGCACGUACUACGCCAGCAGCACAGAAUGGGAAUUUUGAAGUAUAUGACCACACGUUCCCGGUAACGGUUAACGCAGGAGCAACUGCAGCAGCUUCGCAUGCUAAGAAGACACUAGUGCUCAUGGUCGGAGAUAAGAAGGUGGGAUUUGUGACGAAGGACGGAGGGUUCACGUCAGUGACCGUGCACUGGUUUAGUGGAGUGCCGGUGCACGCUGCACUCAAGUUCGGAACUGCCACGAAAGAUUACCUGAACUACUUCUUCUUCGGAGGAGAGCACUGGACAACAGUGUUCGAUUUGGGAGUUGAAUUUGCGCUCGCCAAUAAGCAAAUGUUGUACCAAAAGCUGAGUCCGCACUUUGCAACGAAGUACCUGGACUUCGGAAACAAGACGUUGAGUACACAGUUCGGGGUUGUGACUGACCUGAAGCUGGUGGACUAUAAGCCGGAAGGAUUGAAGUUGCCAGACGGGCUGGUGGGAUACACGUUUGAGUGGCCUGACGCGGGACACCAAGUGGUGAAGAUGCUGAACUUCGGCUGGGACUUUGACGCACUGGAGCUGGAGUUGCCGCCCGGAGAUGUGAAGGAAGUGCACGUGUUCAGUCCAGAGGGGUUCUACGCACCAGUGUUUGCAGAGGUGAAGACGAAUGUAUUGGUUACGCCGGCAACAACAAGUCCCCAAAAGGCGGCAGAGUAUAAGGACGUCUACAACUACUUCCAUGUGACUAGCAGCGGCUUCUGGACGACCCUUUACACCAAGGGAGCAAAAUUGGACAAUGAGACACUCGCACUUAGGUUGGCAAAGGUGGCACAACCGGCGCUGGUUGAUCUGGGAAAGAGAGAGGGCACCUACGGUCUCCCGAAGAUGUUGGUGGAGAAGACGUUCUUCAGCACAGCACACACGUACGCAAGAUAUGAGCAUAAGCUGGCUGUGGGAGAGAACUUCCUGAUGACGAGGUGGGUGUUUGGUGGACUGCAGAUGGAAGAUCUCCCGGCGCUGAAGGCAGAUUACGUGGCAGCCUACUUCUACGAGGACGCGGUGCCACUGCUCCUCGAAGUGAACAACGCAGGCUUCGUCAGGUUCUUCGCGCCAGAUGCGAAUGGACAUUGGAUGCCGGAAAACGUAUCGAGGACUGCAGUGUCGGCAUUCCUGGACAACCUGGUGCAUGAGAUGACGCUGGUGGCGAGUCACUCGGAAGAGUGGGUGCCACACCUUAACACGAAGUUCUUGAGGCAGAUGGAGCUCGUGCCGCAAGUGAAAGUGGUGGCAGUACCUGUUCCAGAGUCGGCGAAGGCAGCGGCAGCGGUAGUCCCGGCGCCAGGAGAUGCGUCAACGGCACCAGGCACGCCGGUCGCUAGUCCUGCACCAGAGCCGGCAGCUCCAGGCGCACCUGACGCAGCCGCAGCGGCUGCAGCAGCAGCUAAGGCUGCUGGCUCUGGUGCUGGUGCUGUCGAACCGCAAGUUACUCCAGUUCAAGCUCCAGUAGUAUCGUCGGCUGCAAACGUGCAACAAACCUCUAACCUUCAGGGAGCCGGGCAAGUUGCUUCUGGCUUAGGCGGAGUGGGUGCUGGAGCCGGAGCUGGCGGAGCUGGAGCUGAACCAGGUGCAGCCACAACCCAAGCACAAGCAAGCAAUGCACUUACAACGCAAGCACAACAACCCAGUGCAACCGUAACAUCACCUGCACCGGCAAAACCUGCAACAGAUGUUCAGCUAGUUUCUAGAGCUGGUGGCCCAGGAUCGCCAGUUCGACCGGCGGCGCCACAAGUGCCCGUAGCAAACGUGGAAGCACCAGUUAAUGCAAAGAGGGAAUUUAAGCCGGCGCUGUUCAACUACGAAGACCUGUUCCACGGAUAUUUGACGCUGGGAAAGUUCGUGAAGGUGGCGAGGUUCGACACGGUGCCGAACGGAUAUAACUUCGGAAAGCACUCGUUCGUCAACGGAGGAAGGUACUACGCAAACAAGUUCCUGCUGGGAGGAAAGGAGUACGCACUCCCAGUGGAAGCCGGAGCCUCGACGAAGAGUAGGCUGGCGAGCUCGCUGGCGUUCUACUCGUGGUCGACGAACCCACUGAUGUUGAAGCUGGGGCUGCACGCAAAGGCGCCAGUCUUCUUCUCGUACAAUAAGACGAACGAUACGUGGGCGAAGGCGACGGUGGUGAACCUGGACGAGGAGCUUGAGCACCUGAAUAACCUGAAUGACGUGUACGUGUUCGACCUGGCGAAGCCGAACGGAAGACACAAUUACUACAACAACAGGUCGUACUACGUGUCGGACGGACCAGAGGUGCUGCCGGAGUUGUUCAAGUCAGCAGAGUUUGAAACUUUCAGACAAGUGCAAGCCAAGUUGGGCGAAAAUCAGCUGGAGCACCACGAAAAGGUGCCCUUCAAGUUGGGAAAGCUGAGGCUGAACGGAGUGGAUUACCCAUCAGAUGGCCUGCCAGACGAUACCGUGUUCUACUUCAUGCACGUUUUCACGUCAAAAGCGUCGAAGAAGCCGCUGCUCUUGGUCUUCUACGACGACCAGGACGAGAGAGACAGGAAGAAGUUUGAAAAGGCGAACCCGGGCAAGUUCCUGGGACACUACUUCCAGUGGAACCUGGACGGAACAUGGAGCAGGUUUGUCCCGGAGGGAGCAGAUGCAGUGGUUAAUAAGCUUAGGGAGCUGGAGGCGCUGUUCGCAGUGCCGCUUACGCUGGACUUGGCAAAAGUGACGGGCACGGCAGGACUGUUGAACUACAAGGCGAACGGCAACGACUUCGUCGUGGAGAGAGUGUUCGUGCCAGCGGUGAGAGCGCCAGCGGAAGCACCAGCGAGAGGGCCAGCUCCUUCGGAUCUCGACGUGGAAGCGUCGGCACUCCUGGGUGGACGAGUUGGAGCGAGAGACGUGCCAGGGCCCGCGGGAUCGCAGGGAGGAGUGCUAGAUGCGCCUGAGCCAGCGUUGAGGCCAGCAGUCGCUCCAGGAGGACCGGCACCAUUGCCGAGACCAGGAACUCCGGGAGCAAGGACGCCUUUGGCAGGAACAGCAGCGCCCGGGGCACCCGGAGCAAAAGUGGUAUUGGAAGAUCCGGUGGUGCAAACUAGGGUUACAUUGGGAACGGGCGACACGGUUGGACCCGCCGCACCAGCAGCCCCCCAACCAGCGCGUGCUGGUGCAGCAGCACAGUCCGGACAAAGCGUUGCGGGUCAAGCGGGCUUCACGCUGGUGACCAGAGGAGUUACACCACUAUCUCAACCAGGAGCCCCAACGCCACCAGUGGCAGGUCCCGGUCCACACCCUGGAGAAGGUAGGGUUGCGGGAUUAGGGCCACAGCCCGUCCACCAAGGGGGUGUUCCAGACACAACUAACCCGGCGUCGAUACGUGGAGGAGCUGAGGUUUCAGGUAAUGGCAACGGUGGAACUCAAAAUCAGAACAAUGGGCAGAGUACAACUGUUGGUCAGGGCACGACUAGCACCACUAGCACAGUCACGACAGUUAACAGUGGUUCUUCUGGUUCUUCUGGUGCUGCUGGUGCUGGCGUCCCAGGUGUUGGAGUACCUGGUGUUGGAGUUCCAGGUGUUGGCGUUCCUGGUACAGCUGGUAAUCUUAAUCAAGCAGGUUCCCAAUCUACUCAACAAGUUGUCACUGGUCAGCCUACUCAACCGGUUAACACUGUUACUGCCACUAGUCCUACCGGUGAAGUUACGACUACUGUGCAGUCAGGUGGGCAGACGCUACCAGCUGCUAAAGCAGCAGUGACUCCGGGUCCGACUACAGCCACGGGUGUGCCAGCACCAGCUGUUGCAACACAAGGAGCGGGAGCCGCAGCACAGGUUGGAGGAGCAGGAGCUGCUGCUAAAGCAGGUGUAGGUGCUGCUGGAACUGCACAAACUGGAGUUGCAGCUGCAUCUAACGUGGCAUCAACCGGAGUUCCUGGGGCAGGAGGAGUUGCAGCCGCAGGACAACCUGGAGGACCACAAGCAGGUGCUGCAGCCGGGCUGGGACCAGCUGAACCGCAACAGCCUGCGAAACCAGUAGUGGCAGAGGGAUCGCAAUUGAACGUGUUGCCGGAAGUCACAACGUUGCCAGCUGGAGUAGCAUUCGUUGACGUGGCGUUUGUCGCACACUCUGGGCCAGUGCCGCCGACGGAGGAAAACGCAGGAUUUGAACUCUACCACCACCACGCGCCGUUCUUCGUGCACAGCUUCACGGAGCAGGGGAAGACUGAAGUGAAGAAGGUGGCGAAGGCAAAGAAGUUCAACGUGAAGAAGUUAAUGUACGGAGGAGUGGACCUGGACUUCGCAGCACCAUUUGAGCCCGCGGUGGGAGGGUACGCAGGAAUGACAGUGUUCUACGAGAAGAACGUGAAGACGCCCUUCGCAUUCGCACUCUUCACUCUGAAGAACGAAGCGGAUGCGGAGAAGGUGCACUACGACGUGUGGGUGCACAGAGACCUUAAGUGGGUGAAGACGGAGGAGCUGGACGCGUUCUAUAACCUGAUGCGCGGACUGGAGAUGAAGAACAACCUGGGGCCGAUGGAGGAUCUGUUGGCCAAGUUCACCGAGAAGUUGGCGGAACUGGCGGCAGCAGCCAAGGCGAUGCUGCCAAACGUGUUCAGCCUGGACCUGAAGCAAGAUGACACGGUCAAGUUCGGCUCAGUGGUGGUCGACAAGGACGCAGACCUGGUCGACGGACUCGACAUGCUGAAGCAGGAGUUCAAGCCGAGGAUGCUCAGCCCGCCAGUGGGCUGGGUCGACUUCAGCCUGGACAGCGUGGCGCUGCACGGUAACAGGUACGUGGGCCUGAAGCUGCCGCUGGUGGGAGUGCACGCAGUGUACACCUACUUCAGGAACAGCCCCGACAGGUACGCGCGCUUCCCGGCUGUCAUGGAGAUGGUGCAGAAGCUGAAGGGCUACAACAAGCCAGUCUUCAAGCACUGGUACUACGUGUACGCGGGCGCCAACGAGUGGCGUCUGCACUUCCACACCUUCGACAAGCUCGACGACCACGACGUCUUCGACAUGCUUAACGCUCGUCUGUACGAGUACCACAGGGUCUCUGAGUUCCACAAGGGCGCGCUGAUGCUGGACCUUGACACCAAGUUCUCGCACGUGAGCAUGGGGCGCUUCGUGGACGCGGUUGAGUUCUUCCACGACCCGGCGUCAACCAACAGCCCUGUGCCCGAGGGCUUCCUGCUCUACAGGCACGCGAUGGCCACGGAGAACUCCACCUUCACGCUGCCGUUCGUUAAGCUGCAGGGUGAGGUCAGGGAGACGGGGUUCAAGUACCCCUUCGCCCAAUACUUUUUGUACUUCAAGGAGGGCCACGUCGUGCCGAUGGUGGUUGUCCUGGCGCAGAAGGACAACGUGACUGACCAGCCGACGCACCACUGGUACUUCGUGAAUGGCCACGAGCUCGUCAAGUUCAAGUUCGCGGGUGCCGCGGACGUGGAUCCGGACAAUCACGCAAACAAGGCGGUCGUGACCGCCAAGUUCAAGGAGCUUCUGUUGGGUGCGCCGGAGCCUCUCAAAGAGGCGGACGCUUUGAAGGCGGAUCCGCCAGCCAAUACUGUGAUGCCCGCGUUCCCGGCAUCUGAUCCGACAGUUUUUUCCAAGGCAGUGAAUGGAGUUGAUCCAGCGGCUGUUCCAAGAUCUGGAGCUUCUCCCCAAGCGCGAGGUGCGGUUGACGCCCGCCCCGAUGUAUUGAAUCUCGCAGAUGGCUUGCCGUCUGCUGCAGGUACUGAAACUCGCACAGAUAGUCAACGAUCUGAUACGGGUAGCGACACUCGUACAACUGGUGACGCUCAAACAUCUGAACAACGUAAUACGCAACAAUCUGGUACCCGUCAACAAACUCCCGCUCCACAAGAUACCGCUAAAUAUGACUUUGGAUAUCAAUCAGGUCAUAGCUGGAUCUAA